CGAACCACAUAAAACACACAUACACACACAUAUGCCACCAUGCCGCGCCGCGCUCCUCGUGGCAGCAGCCUGCCAACUCGCCGGCGCGCAGUUCGGCAACCUGGCGGUGGAUUGGGGCACCGAUGGGUCCGCGAAGUUGAGCAGCAGCAGCAGCAAGGUGGCGUCGACCGCCAAGGUGGUGGCGGGCGAAACGCGCAGAACCAACCUCGCGGAGCUCGCGGCGCAGGGGGUCGGCAGGCUGAGAGAAGUCGUCGAGUCCUUUGAGAUGGGCGGGUGCGACGCGUGCACUGCAGACGGUCACUGGGUGGCCAAGGCGCGCGAGCCUGACCCGCCCUCGCCCGCGCGCACUCGCCUUCGAGCAGGGCGCGCCUGCGGUCGCAGGUGAGGCAGUGCAUCCUCGAGAUGCAGACCAAGCAGCUGCGCUCUCAGCUGCAGCUGCGCGGUGUCCCGUGCGAGUCGUGCACUCAGCGCGAGCAGUUCAUGGACAAGCUGCUAGACCACGUGCACCUCCCGGUGGUGAACACUGACACGUGAGCCGCCUCGGCCCGCUGCUGCAGAGGCCUGGGGCUCCCCUCAGUCGAGCUGUGCGAGCGCGAGGGAGCGACAGCGAGUGAAAGCGCGAAAAAGAAAGCCGCUCAAAAA